AUGGAGAAUUUUCAGUCAAAUCUGCCUACCAUCUUCUGCGGGCUAAGCGUUUUGUUGUGGAAGCGUAUCUGGAAGGCCCCUGUUCAUAAUAGAGUUAGAAACUUUCUUUGGCGUGCUUCAAAGGAUAUUCUCCCUACAAAAAUAAAUUUGAGCAAGAAGGUUAAAUUGGCCCCGGACUUCCCUUUAUGCCAAAAUCAGGUGGAGACUUCUGACCAUUUAUUCCUUCACUAUAAUGUCAGCAAGCAGGUUUGGUUUCUUUCUCCUCUUGGCUUACGAAUACCUCCCUCUACCGGGAUUGAUUACUGGAUUGACAAGAUGCUGAAUGUUGGGGACUCCUACGGCUCCCAACUUUUUAGUGUCAUUUUGUGGAAAAUGUGGAGCUGGAGGAACCGGGUGGUUUUUAAUAAGGAGGCUUUCAACCCACAACAAGUGGUCAAUGAAGCAAUUGAGUGGAUCCAUGAUUACAACACUUCAAAUCUUGGAAAAGGAGGGCACAGAACGGCAGUGACGGUGGAAGGCUUCGAAGGUGUGAACAAUGAGACAAUGAUGGUACAUGUGGACACGGGUUGUUUUGAAGAUGGAACAAUUGCUAUGGGGUGUGUGAUGAAGGAGGCUAGCAAAGGAGUUUUCCUAUCAGCUACAAGGAAGCAAGCGAUGGAAGUGGAUCCUACUAUGGCGGAAGCUUUGGCGCUUUGUUGGGCUUUAAAAACUGUCGUGGAUCUCAAGAUCACUAAAGCUGUUUUUCACUCGGAUGCGAUGUCAGUGGUGGAUUGUAUUAACCGUAUAUCUUUCGAUGCUGUUCUGGAGCCUAUAAUAGUUGAUUGCUUAGAAUUGCUUGAAUCUUUUUCUGCUGCAGUUUGUUUGUAUAUCAGUAGAACUUGUAACAUGGAUGCCCACAAUCUUGUUGGUAUUGGCCACAAAAUGGGUUCUAGGACUUGGCUAGGCAAACCCUCCUCUGAGGUAUCUAUUGUAUACUUUUCUCCUUGUUAA